UUAAUUGCUUCGUUAAAGGUUGCAAAUUUCCAUCGGCUUCACCAUACGUUUAGAUCCGUUACUCUGUUAAACGUAUUUUACUCUGCUAGAUGGCAGCAACAGUCGUCUUAUUAUUCAGUUUCGUUGUAUGCGUUCUAGGUAAAGGUCCAGAAAGUUCGUGCGCUUUAGAAGAUCGAAUUUAUCGGCAUGGAGAAUCUGUAAAAACUCAAUCACCAUGCGAUAAUUGCUUCUGUUUCAAGGGUUCCAUCAUUUGUUGGAGCACCGAUUGCCCCACGCAUCCUGAUAAAAUUCAAUGUAGGCCCGUUUAUUUGAAAGGCGUGUGCUGUCCUAUUUACGAAUGUCCGAUAUCUUCCAUUGGAAAAAAUUCCUCGUCUGAAGAGAAACCCGCAACUUCUGACCAAACUCGAGAUUCUACUGAUACACCUUCUUACUGUUUAGUGGACGGAACAGUCUACAAAAAAGGCCAAGUGAUUUCCUCGGCCACCGGUCCGUGCAUUCUAUGUCGUUGCGGUUCCAACGGUCAAAUCUCGUGUCAGUCCCGUCCCUGCCCGUCCGAGAUCAAAUCCCCGGAUGCCGGGAUCCAUUUGUCUUCCGACGUCAUCAAAAUCAAGGCAGCUAGACAUAGAAGAAACAUCUAUUAAUUUAUAUGUACUCAUUAAAAAAAUAUAUUAUCGUCUAUUUUAUUACCGAACGUAAAAUAACAAAUAAUAAUAAUAUUAUUAAUAGUAAAUCCAAAUCGCAUUGUGUAUUUUCUUCGAGGUGAACAAUGACCGCCGGAAACAAUUACCGCUUGACGUCAUAUUAAUCGCACCUUCCCAUAAUCCUUUCGGAAGUAAAGGAAGUGGAAUGAACGUGUUACUCCGGAAGUCGUCUGUGAUGAUAAUGGAAAGGUGCAUCCUCGCCAAACAGCAGUAAAGCCACGGUAAUUAGUAUAUAUUAUUAAGAUUUCCAAUAGAAA